UCAUUUCCUCACAUUCAUCUCAUCUUCCUUCUUCAUGGAAAUGGCUUUUCCUAAGGUCUUUUUGUUGGGUUUUCAUGCAAUGGUGUGUGCUGUUGAUGGGUAUGGUGGUGGUUGGACUAACGCACAUGCAACGUUCUAUGGUGGGAGUGAUGCUUCGGGGACGAUGGGUGGAGCUUGUGGUUAUGGGAACCUGUAUAGCCAGGGCUAUGGGACGAACACCGCGGCUUUGAGCACGGCUCUGUUCAACAAUGGACUGAGCUGUGGGUCGUGCUAUGAGAUUAAGUGUGUUAAUGAUGCCAAGUGGUGCCUGCCGGGUUCCAUUUUGGUCACGGCCACCAAUUUCUGCCCUCCCAACAGUGCUUUGCCGAAUAAUGCAGGAGGCUGGUGCAACCUCCCCUGCAUCACUUUGACCUUUCUCAGCCUGUUUUCCAACACAUUGAAUAAUACAGGUCUGGAAUUGUGCCUGUUGCUUACAGAAGGGUUGCAUGUAGAAGAAAGGGAGGAAUCAGGUUCACAAUCAAUGGCCACUCCUACUUCAACCUAUUCCUCAUCACCAACGUUGGCGGUGCCGGUGAUGUACACGCCGUGGCCAUCAAGGGCUCUAGGACCGGUUGGCAGUCCAUGUCUCGGAACUGGGGCCAGAACUGGCAAAGCAACAGCUACCUCAACGGUCAAAGCCUCUCAUUUAAGGUCACCACCAGUGAUGGCAGUACCGUGGUGUCCUACAACGUUGCCCCAGCCGGUUGGUCCUUUGGGCAGACCUUCACUGGUGCCCAAUUCCGCUAGAGGAGGUCGCUUGAUCAAAAUACAGUAUAUAUUCAAAGCAGUGUUCAACGGCAAAACUUUCGAGAUAAUGUUCUGGAAAAAAUUAAUUCACGGGAUAAAGUACUCCCAAGAUUAAUUGCUCAAAU